UAGAUCACUUGACCGGAAAUGUAAUAAAAUAACGUGAGGAGGUAAAAUGUUGACUGGAAAACUUAAGUGACAGUCAUUUUUUGAAGGGAAUCGUCCGUUUUUAGAUUAAGUUGAAUGUUUUAUUUAUUUCGCUUUGUAUCAUCUUUAUUCCAGCAAAUCAUUUCGUUGUCUUUUUUAACCAGCCACAUGGCUUUCGCUGUUCUGUUCUGAGUUGUAAGGUGUGUUAACAUAACUAGCUAGCCAAAUGUCGAAGCCUGUGUUAUUUUCGGUUUACCAAACAUUAAAAAAAUGUUUUCAAAUCUUGGAGAACAAUCAGAAAGUAUGGAAUUCAGUUUUGGCUGAAUGCAAGCCUUUAAUGGUUUCACUUGGAAACCUCGAAGAGCAGUUGAGGGCGUUUCAAAAGGUCCAAAUCGCCAACACCCCUCUUCACACCUUUCCUGAUCUGCACCAGCGUCUUCACUUCAAGCUCAUACAGGCAGUGGACAUAGUUUUGGGAAAACUCACUGACAAAAUGUGUUCACUUCAGUCUGUGCGAGAUGCUAUCAGUAAUCAGGUGUCUGGUGCGUUCCAGUUGUAUGAGCAGAAUAUAGACAGCCUUGACCUAGCUACAUGCACCCAGAGAUCUGCAGUCYCUCCAUCCAUCGCUGACAUGUUGGAGUGGCUUCAGGAUGCAGAGCGUUACUAUCGUCAACAGUUUCUGAGAAGAAAGAACUUGCUGCUGACACUGAGGGCAGAUGACCUCUCCCUUCUGGAAACUGCUCCCAAGAGAUGGGAGUCCCUGGAAACACCGAGUGGAGAGGAGAGCAUAUCAGAAUCACCUUUGGCAGCGAUUACAGAUGUGAGUCUUUCUGGAUACACUGUUUAAAGUGUCCUUUUUCAUCGAGUCACAGUGAAGGAGAACUACAAGAUGUCUGCAAGACGACUAGCCGGUGGAUGUGAUUGUCUACUUUCAGAUGGUCUACAAUAACAAGACUCCGUAAUGGGUUGAAGAGUAAAAGAACUAACUGGGUUCAGGUUGAUCUUGACUUGGAUGCGUCAGCCCUGAUCGGUGCAGAGCACCUGACUGGACUGGAUGUGAACAAAGGAGAGGACUGAACAAGGCAGAGGACAGAGCGUCAGAAUUGUAACAGAGCUCUGUUACUAUUCUAGCUCAGGUCUUUGCUGUUGUAUCACUGUUGACUUCUAAGCAAAAUAAAUUAUUGUGGACAAACAUUUGAAAUGUCAUGGAGUAUAAUAUGAGAAAUAAUAAAUAGACAACUUUUGUUACA